GAGAGAGAGAGAGAGAGAGAGAGAGAGAGAGAGAGAGAGAGAGAGAGAGAGAGGAUAUUGGAAGCGAUCCUGACUGUGGGCUGCGGGGCGGGAGGAGAACAGAGCCCCGGGUUUGAGCUCCUGCUGGCGGGGCGCACUGACUGACCAAACCCCGGCAGAGCCGCGAGUCUGAACCGCGUCCCGCUGCUGAAAGCUGAGCUCAGACUGAGAGACCUGUGGACCACCAGUUUUAAACAGCCCCCCGGAGGACCUGAGAGGACCCUCAGCUCGGAGGAGUCAUGCCGUUUGAGUGGAGGAUCCUGCUGUUGGGGUUAGCGGCGGUUGUGGUGAUGUUUCUGAUCCUGGUGGACGUGUCUGAAGUGGAAGAGGAGAUGGUGAAGACGAGGUUGAAGGCUGUUCCCUCUCCUGUACCAGGAUCCAGGGCGGACUCCAUCUCUGCUUUUUCAUCACCUCCUUUCUCAAGAAACAGCUUUACUAGUCCUGCAUCAGGAUGGAUAUUCAACAGGACCCUGUCCAGCAUUAUCAGGAAAAAGGUUUUAAGGUUCCUGGAUGCUGAGAGAGACAUAUCCAUCCUGAAAAGCACCUUUAAGCCUGGAGAUAUCAUCCAUUACGUUUUUGACCGGCAGAGCACCACAAACAUCUCAGAGAACCUGUACCGCCUGUUACCCACAGUGUCCCCUAUGAAGAACCAGCACUACGAACGAUGUGCAAUUGUAGGGAAUUCUGGGAUACUGCUGAACAGCAGCUGUGGACCAGAGAUUGAUUCCCAUGAUUUCGUGAUCAGGUGUAACCUGGCCCCAGUGGAGGAAUAUGCGGAGGAUGUGGGCCUGCGCAGCAGCCUGGUGACCAUGAAUCCAUCAGUAGUACAGCGUGCCUUCCAGGACCUGAGCAGUAAGGAGUGGAGGCAGCGCUUUGUGCGGCGGCUGCAGGCUCUGAGCGGGAGUGUGCUCUGGAUCCCUGCCUUCAUGGCCAAAAGUGGAGAGGACAGAGUGGAGUGGGCCGUCCACCUCAUCCUCUCUCAUACGGUCAACGUGCACGCUGCCUUUCCCUCCCUGCGCCUGCUCCAUGCUGUUCGAGGGUACUGGCUGACCAACAACAUCCAGAUCAAGCGGCCCACCACCGGCCUCCUAAUGUACACCAUGGCCACCCGCUUCUGUGAAGAAAUCCACCUCUACGGUUUCUGGCCUUUCCCUCGGGACUCUGAGGGCAAACCAGUCAAGUAUCACUACUACGACACGUUAAAGUACCAGUACACAUCCAGCAGCAGCCCUCACACCAUGCCUCUCGAGUUCAGGACCUUAAGCACACUUCACAGACAGGGCGCUCUGCGGCUCCACACAGAGACCUGCAGGCUUCCCACCUGAUCUCUGAAACCUUUUCUGGACUGUGGCGAACUGAGGUAAAUAAACCAUGUGAUCGAGCACCUGGGAUAUUGGUUGGAAAGAGGUAGCACUGUGGGUUUUGGUGAGAGAAAAAGGCUUUGAGAUAAACUCUACGUACUGAGCAUGAGUAUGUCUGGCUUCAGUCAGAGCGCUCGAUGCCUUGCCGUAACUGUGAAUGCACUGUCUGUAAUGGAAAAGAAAUGGAUGUAAAGGUCAUUUGAACUGCUGAAAAGGUCUUUUUGCCCUUUUCUGAGUCUACAUUUUUCCACAUGCUUCAAUUUUAGAACUCUCAAAAUCAGCUGAGUCACUGAUGGAUGAUUUGAAAUGUGCACCUGAAAGUACCUGUAAUGUGAAAAUGUCACAUUUAAAAAAAAAAAAAAAAAGCUCAUUUUUAUUUGAGGAAUGUUAAGAUCAUGUGAUUUCAUAUUUAAGUAAUUAUUUAUUUUUUCAUUACCUGAUUGAUUCUCUGUUUUUAAUGUGUUUAAAAUAGGUAUGGUUGAAUGUGUUGCUUAUUUCCAGUCAGAGCACAUUUUUCAGAAUAGCAAUUUUCAUUUUUACAUUCUGGGAUAUCGAAGCUCAUAUAUGGAGAUUAAAGGCUGAUUAAAUUUGAAUGAAUGUGUAAACAUAGCUCCAGUAGUCUCUGAAUGAGGCUGGUGUUUGUAUUGCAGGGCGUUUAUUUGGCCACAAGAUGGAAGCACAUCAAUGAAGUAAAAAAC